GUUCGUCUGAAGAGGCACGAAAGCUCCAGAACCGACUCUCCUUGCUGUACAGAGGGUGUGUGAUUUAACGCAAAAAGUGAAAUCUCUGACAUAUCAUAAGGCGUUUACAGGCCCUAUGCAAUUGGCACCGGCUUGUACGGUCAUUUAGGCAGUUGAAGUUUUUAUCAAAUAUUUGAUUCUUAUUUCAGUGACCAUUUUUAAUUGCAUUUUACAUUAAAAUCGCACCAGAAUGAAUUUUUCUUGGGCAGUGUGUCGCUGUUUUUUCUACAAGAAUAUUUUUAUUCCUGAACUUGGACAUGUCGAAUUUCACGGACGGCAACAGUUUGUCAAGACAUAUCUUGAGGGUUUGCGGAAACUUGACGCAGAAAAUGUUAUCGCUGACAUUGAAGCAGAAAUAAACCGAAGAAGAAAUAUAAACGGAAUCACAUAUCAGAAUUAUCUUGUAAUUAAAGAAAAAUAUAAACCCUUAAACUCUCAGCUUUUCAACAAGGAAACCCUGUUUUCACUUCCACCAACCAUUCAAGGUGUGACUGAAUGUAUUGAUGGAGUGUUUAAUUUUCCACUGAUGUCCCUGGAUCAGUGUGGUCUGCUAGUAGAGGAGAUAAAACAUUUCAAACAAGCAAAUCUACCACAUCAGAGACCGAACUCAAUGAAUAAGAAUGGAAUACUGUUUACGGAGAUAGGACUAGACGAUCUAAUCCGAUCCAUCGUAGAUGCAGUUCAACCUUUGUCUCAGGAGAAGUUUCCUGCGCUUGUGGGAUCCACAGGGUUCGAUUCUUUUAAAGCCUUUACUGUAGAGUAUGCUACCGAGGCAUCAGCUGAUCAGGAUUUAGCUACGCAUUUUGAUAACGCCGAGGUGACGCUUAACAUCCCACUGUUUACGGAGGACCAGGAGGGGAAUGAACUCAUAUUCCAAACUAAGAGAGGAUUUAGACCUCAGGAAAUGGAGAUCGGACGAGCUAUUCUCCAUGCAGGUAGUCAGCAACACGGUGUUCUACCCAUAACCUCAGGAUCGCGAUGCAAUCUAAUAAUCUGGAUGCGCUCUUCUGAAAUUCGAAACAGGGAGUGUCCAAUGUGCAAGCAAUCUCCAGACUUAGAAGAGGUUGAGUUUGGGAAAGGAGACGGUUUCAAGAUCUGGAAAGGAGAAACCAAAUGCGCAAGGGUCGGAACAAAGUCUAUGUAGGUGGUCGAAAUCUGAAAAUCUGCGGCAAACAAAAUACAUUGAACAUUAGUGGGACAUGAAGAACUUAUAGGAUUAGUUUGCCAACACGAAAUCAAAGGAAAAGUUGGCCAAGAAAACCCAAAAGAUCAGUUGGCCAAAAGGAACCCAAAGGAUAAGUUGGACAACAGUAAAACCAAAGGAUUAGUAGCAACUAGCCAACAUGUGCCCAAAGGAUUAGUUCGCCAAUAGAAAACCCAAAGGACUAGUUCGUCAAAAGGAACCUGAAUGGAAAUUGGGCCAACGGGCGGGAAUUCAAUGGAAUAGUAAACUAACGACUAACUAAGACAAACAAGAACCCAAAGAAUGAAUUGGCAAACAUGAACCUAAAGGAUUAGUUGGGCAACAGUGAAAUCCCACAGGAUACCCAAAAGAUGAAUUGACCAAGAAAAAUCCCAAAGGAUAAGUUGGCAAAAAAGAACAAAAAGAAUAUCAUUAGAAACAGAUACUUUACUUCAGGUCUGAUUGGGAUUUUACUUCAGGUCUGAUUGGGAUUUAAAUGUGUUAAAAGGGUGUCCCUACAAGAUUUGAUUUGAUUUGUCCAAGGAGAACCAGAAAGAUCAGUUGGCCAACAGAAAUCAAGCCCAAGCAUUCUGUUGGCCAUUAGGAAGCCCAAAGGAUAAAUUGGCCAAGAAGAACAAAAAGAAUAUCAUCAGAAACGCGAAGUUUUAAGAAUUAAAACCAGUGCAGUGGCUUGACUGUUUGUGAACAACAUUUUUUAAAAUUUUGGAUGAUUUUUUAAAAUUUAUAUUUUCAGA